GAGGCUUCUCUUGGUAAAAAGCGGAGCACGGCAAGGGCAUAUAAGAGAGGGGGCGGACAUUCUUACAGGAAUUUCUCUCAAGUCCCACGAUAACCGGCACUUUUAAUAUUUAUAUAGCCCGCAUUUGAGCACUAAUAUUAUUAUAUAUCCACUUGGAGGGUGAAGACGGAAAACAUGGCGCAGCCAGACAAGAAAUUUUUCGAGAACCUCUCCGGCGCUGGCAAAGCCAUCGCCGUGCUGACAAGCGGGGGGGAUGCUCAAGGUAUGAACGCAGCCGUCCGCGCUGUUGUCCGCAUGGGAAUCUACGUGGGAGCCAAAGUGUACUUCAUCCAUGAGGGCUAUCAGGGCAUGGUGGACGGCGGGGACAACAUCAUUGAGGCCACAUGGGAGAGCGUCUCCAGCAUGCUGCAAGUGGGCGGCACGGUAAUAGGCAGCGCCCGCUGUAUGGAGUUCCGCAAGCACGAGGGCCGCCUGAAGGCCGCCCACAACCUGGUGCAGCACGGCAUCACCAACCUGUGUGUCAUCGGCGGCGACGGGAGCCUCACGGGCGCAAACCUCUUCAGGGAGGAGUGGAGCGGCCUACUGGAGGAGCUGCUGCAGCAGGGCCUGAUCGACGCGGACGCGGUGCAGAAGUACUCAGCCCUGCACAUUGUCGGCAUGGUGGGCUCCAUCGACAACGAUUUCUGCGGCACCGACAUGACCAUCGGAACGGACUCGGCCCUGCACAGGAUCAUCGAGGUGGUGGACGCCAUCAUGACCACAGCUCAGAGCCACCAGAGGACGUUCGUGCUGGAGGUGAUGGGACGGCAUUGCGGCUACCUGGCCCUGGUGAGCGCCCUGGCCUGCGGUGCUGACUGGGUCUUCAUCCCUGAGAUGCCUCCUGAGGACGGCUGGGAGGAGCAGAUGUGCCAUAAACUGUCUGAGUGCCGCUCGAGGGGAUCCAGGCUGAACAUUAUUCUGGUGGCUGAGGGGGCGAUUGACAGGCACGGCAAACCCAUAACCUCUAACGAAGUCAAGGACCUCGUCGUGAAAUGCCUUGGCUUCGACACACGAGUCACCAUUCUGGGACACGUCCAGAGGGGCGGGACGCCCUCCGCAUUCGACCGCAUCCUGGCUAGCCGGAUGGGCGUGGAGGCCGUGCACGCCCUGUUGGAAACGACAGCCAACACCCCGGCCUGCGUGGUGUCGCUCUGUGGGAACCAGGCGGUACGCCUGCCACUGAUGGAGUGCGUGCAGAUGACACAAGAGGUGCAGAAAGCCAUGGAUGAGAAGAAGUUCGAAGAAGCCGUGAAGCUGCGUGGCAGGAGCUUCGAAAAUAACCUGAACACGUACAAACUCCUCGCGCAUCGAAAGCCGGAGUCAGAGCUUCCAAAGAGCUCCUUUAACGUGGCCGUGCUGAACGUGGGCGCUCCUGCCGCGGGCAUGAACGCCGCUGUGCGAGCCGCUGUCAGGGUGGGCAUCUCCGAGGGGCACAAGAUGUUUGCGGUCAACGACGGCUUCGAGGGCUUCGCCAAGGGACAGAUAAAGGAGAUCAAAUGGGGUGAUGUUGGAGGGUGGACCGGUCAAGGGGGCUCCCUUUUAGGAACAAAAAGGACCCUUCCUGGCAAAUACUUGGAUAAAAUCGCGGAGCAGAUGACGCUGCACAACAUCAACGCGCUGCUGGUCAUCGGAGGAUUUGAGGCCUUUGAGAGCGUGCUCCAGCUAUACGAGGCCCGCACCAACUUCGAGGAGUUAUGUGUGCCACUCUGUAUGCUGCCUGCCACCAUUAGUAACAAUGUGCCCGGCACCGAUCUCAGCAUCGGCGCCGACACGGCCCUCAAUGCCAUCGUGGAGACGUGUGACCGCAUCAAGCAGUCGGCCAGCGGGACUAAGCGGCGUGUCUUCAUCAUUGAGACCAUGGGGGGCUACUGCGGCUACCUGGCUACCGUGGGGGGCCUGGCGGCCGGCGCCGACGCUGCCUACGUCUUUGAGGAGCCUUUCGACAUCCGGGACCUGCAGGCUAAUGUGGAGCAUCUGAGGGAGAAAAUGAAGACCAGUAUCCAGAGAGGGUUGGUGCUGAGGAACGAGAACUCGAACGUCAACUACACGACGGACUUUAUCUACCAGCUGUACACCGAAGAGGGCCGAGGCAUCUUCGACUGCAGGAAGAACGUCCUUGGUCACAUGCAGCAGGGAGGUGCGCCAUCUCCAUUCGACAGGAACUUCGGGACGAAAAUAUCAGCCAAGGCUAUGCAGUGGAUCUCUAAGAAACUCAAGGAGGGGUACAGGCAAGGCCGGGUGUUUACCAACACGGAGGACUCCGCCUGCCUGCUGGGGAUGCGACGGAGAGCCCUGGUCUUCCAGCCCGUGGUGCAGCUCAAGGACCAGACGGACUUUGUACACCGGAUCCCGAAGGAGCAGUGGUGGCUGAAACUGCGUCCCCUAAUGAAGAUCCUGGCCAAAUACAAGACCAGCUACGACGUGUCUGACUCGGGCCAGCUGGAGCACGUGGUGCGGAACCGGCCCAAGGAGACCGACGCUGCUACUCUCUGAGGCCCCCUGGUGGUCAGCUGGGGUGCUGUCGUGGCUUCUCCUCCCCCGUUCUGUCAGCUGCCGUACUGCCACUCCUAGUCGCUUUCCGAACCAGCCUGCUCGGCUCCUCCCUCUAGAAGGCUACCAUAGGAACGCCACGGGCCACUUUGAGCGGUUUAAAGCGAGCUUCGCUAUCGGUUUCGCGCCCUAGGGCCGGAGCCUGCCGCAUCGCGCUCCACCUCCUGCGUCCCCUGUAUCUGUACUCGUAUUAGUUGUGUGAAGUCAGACAUUAUUGUGCAGUUCUCCUGCUGUAAAUUGUAUUUAUGGCACUAUUAGUGUGUGCUGUGUGAAUGUCGUAUUAAGAUAUGCUGCAGUAAGUAUGGUGGCCCUGAAGUACAAAAUAGCACAGUAAGAAAAUGCAAAAAUAACGCUCCUACACUUUCUUGAUGUGUUCUGCUCUUCAUGGCUAUUAUAGGUAGGUUCUUUCAUUGUAAAUCACUAAGCUGAAAAUCCAGUAAAUGCCCAGACUUGGUAUCACUCUAUUUUACGUAAAUAAAUACGUGACGACACACAGACAA